GGACGGUGCCUCGGUGUCUCACGUCAUUCAAUCACUGGAUUUCUAUUCUGUCUUCGGUCUCGGGAGCUAGCUGACGCACUGAAGGUGUCAAAAUGUCAAUCGCCAACGCGGCCGCCACGGCCAUGUUGUCCGACGCGCUGCUCCAGGAGAGCUCUGUCUCGGGCGCCAACCGUCUGAUCCACCUGGAGCUCGAGCUGCCGCUGGACAAGGUCAUCAAGUUCGUCUCCGUGGGCCUGCCGCUGCUGCUCGUGUCCAUGGCUUUCGCCCGCGAGAUCUCCGUCGGACCACAAAUUACCUGUUUUCCACCCAACAACUUCACGGUGAAGCAGGCAGUGUACGUGGACACCUACUGCUGGGACUCCCUCAUGCACCACGAGUCUGACGUCAACGGAAACUUCGAGGAACGAUCCUUAUGGGUCCACAAAAUGUUCCCCUACUCUCUCCUGGCCAUGGCCAUGCUGAUGUACCUGCCUGCUCUGAUCUGGCGGUACCUGGCCAUCCCCAGCCUGGGCUCAGACCUGCUCUUCAUCAUUGACGAGCUCGACAAGUCCUACAACCGCUCUGUGCGCCUGGCGCAGAACAUCCUGGACAUGAGACAGAACACAGAGAAUCCCCUGACCUUCCAGGCGGAGCUGGACAGGGCAAAGAGGAAGCGGUACUUUGAGUACCCCCUGCUGGAGAGAUACAUGCAGUGCAAGCAUGGCUCCUACUUCCUGGUCAGCAUGCUGUUCCUGCGUGGCUUCCUGUUGCUCAUCUUCCUCUCCGCUUCCUGUCUGUACCUGGUAUACUUCCACCUGUCUGCCUUCCUCCAGGAUGAGUUCAGCUGUUUCGUGCGUACCGGCCUGCUCCGGGACCAGAGCUGGGUCCCAGAGCUGGUCCAGUGUAAAAUGACCGGCCAGCUAGUCUUCCAGGUCAUAAGCGUCGCUAACGGCGCCAUCUACGUCCUGCUGGCGCCUAUCGUCCUGUUCAGCCUGGUCCGUCUGUUUGUUUGGGACACGACCUUCCUGUCCGUGUACGAGGUACUUCCUGCUCUGGGCCUGAUCAGCGGGCAGAAGCUGGGCUGCCCUCUCAACGACCUCAACGUGCUUCUUCUCUUCCUGAGAGCCAACGUGGCGCACCUGCGCUCCUACGGCAGGCUGAGGGCCUUGUGCUCGCUGACGCCGCCGCAGGUGGGGAGGGGGAACUGCGAGGCGAGACCGGGAAAUGGAAUCGUGAGCCUGGAAGACGCGGAGGAGAGGGAGGAGGCGGCACGGGAGCUGAAGGAGGAAGUGGAGGAGGCCAGGGAGGAGGGGAAGCUGAACCUGGUGGACAUCAUGACCAUCCUGGGUGCCGCCAGGGGAAACGCUGUGAACUGCAGCGAGGGGAUGCCGGUCGUGGAGGAGAAUAUGACCCUCGGUACCGUAACACUCAUCUAUUCUCUCAAACGCAUUCUGCUCAUCUGCAUUUUUGUCUAUAUCAUUUGGGAUGUUCAAAAAAUAAUCAAGUGAGGCUUUGUUUGUGACGGCAGAUGAUCACGGACGUACUCUUGUCAAGUGUUCCACGGUGUAAUCAAUUAUCCUUUUAAAGGCUUCCCAUACUUGUUGAAUAUCCAGAUUCAUUAGACAGUGAACGAGUGGAAACAGUUUUGAUACAGAACAAACUUCCAAGCUGCAAAGAAUCCAGGCUACGAGAGAACUCUGGGGGGAUCCAAACAUCUCUCAGUAACUGUAACAGAACGCUCUAGGGUUUGUCCAGUCAUCUAUAUUUGGUUUGGACUUGGUUUGGUUUCAUGUAGAACAUUCUGACAUGUUUGGCGAUACACAAUGAGGUUGUUAUUUUAAAAGAGGCUUUUUAGAGCAACAGCCACCUCAGAAGAUUGUGGUACUUCCCGCAUCUAAUACCCCUCU